AUGGACGACUUAUUUGGCGAUCUCCCUCCACCUUGUAAUACUUAGAAAACUUUUCUGUUUGUCUUGAUUUGUAUUUAUUUGUGUAAUAGAGUGUGGAAUUUUUUAUUUUAUUUCAGCAAGUGGAAAUAACGAGUCGAGCUCAGCUGGAAAUUUGUAUGAUGACCUUCCUUCAUCGGAGAAAAUUGAAGACAAGAAAAGGAAACUCGAAGCUACGGAAGAAGAUGCUUGUACCCCAGCGAAAAGACCACUAAAACGUGAGCUUUUUGUGAUAAGAACUGAGACGGUGUUACUUUAAGGGUAGAACACAUGGCUUUUACGGUACACACCCUCUCGUGUCCUCCAUUUAAGUCGAUGAUAAUGAAAAUGACAGAAUUACACAAUAUGCCACUAUAAAACUAUGCAAUUCCCUCCAACUGUAUUUAACUUUUCCAUACGACUGAUAUAGGUCUUAAAACCAUUUGAUGUUUAAGAACCUCCUCGCUUUAAUGCCACAAGUAGUUGCAUGCAACUUAUGAAAGACACACUUCGAAUUCUUUGUGAUGCAACCACUGGAGACAAUAAACUCAAAUAAGUUUCAUCUUUCUUUACUAGAAUCUAAAUACAGACUAAGAGGCUUUGUUGCUGAGAGGAAAGGAGAAAGAAAUGACAUGCAAGAUGCUCACGUUAUUAACAAUGAUUUCCUGGAUGAGUUUGGUGCAGACAAACCUCUUGGAUUGUAAGUCUAAAUAAGCAGGGUUUCUUUCAAAUAAGUCAUGGCAGGAGAAAACUGUAAAAUUACAGGACAACUCUCUCCUCCCCAUAAAAAUGUGACCAUAGAAUUCUGCGUAUUAGCCAAAGGAGUAGCCUCAUUAUAAGGGCUGCAAGAAGUGUGUUUCUCUACCUGCGGGAAGAUUUGAGAUGAGUCGGGAAGGAGUGUGUGGGAGGUCUGCUACUAAAAGUUAUUCUCAAUGCUAGACCACUGGCAGAAUUUUCAUCUACCUGCAUAGCUCAAGGCCUCAUAAGGUUAUAAGAGAUUCUGCCUCUUAUCUAAUGAAUUCUGAAAUUGCAAUUCUUGUCAUAGGAUCUGCUAUUAAACAUUCUUUCCAGAAGAACCUUUUACUUCUUUGCCUACCAGAAAGAAUCCUAUUCCUACGAAAAAGAAUUCCAGAUUCUUGAGGCAAGAGUCUCUGAAAUUGCGAUUCUGUUCAUAAGAUUUGUGUCUAAAUAUUCUUUCCAGUAAAACUCUCUGCUUCAUUGCCUGCUGAAAAGAAUUCUCAUUCUUGAGAAAAGAAUUCCUGAUUCUUGCAGCAAGAGUUUCUGAAAUUGCAAUUCUAUCCAUGAGAUUAGCAAUUAAACAUUCUUUCCAAAAGAACUCUCUACUUCAUUACCUGCUGAAAAGAAUUCUCGUUCUUGAGAAAAGAAUUCCCAGUUCUUGGAGCAAGAGUUUCUGAAAUGGAGAUUCUUCUCAAGAUACUCAGAUGUAAUGCAUUCUUACCACAAGAAUUCUCUUCUAUAGUCAAUCUUGUUCUUCUCAUAAGAAUUUUAGUUCUUAAGAUGAAAAUAUGCUAUUUGGGGAAUUUAGAGUGAAUGAGGAUCCAGUCCUACUUAUAAGUGACCAGUAUGGAGAAUGUGCAUACUGAUGUAAGGUUGUAAAGGCCUAACCUGCAGAGCAGGCACAAUUUUUGGUGAGCAAGUGCCCAGUAUUUACUUGGUGAAAUUUCUAGCUGCCAUCCUUGAAUUUUACAAUGGAGGAAGGCUGGAGAGAGGGAAAAAAAUGUAAGAAGGGGGUGAGUGACAGUCAAAAGGAAGGAGAGGGGAGGUAAUGAAGUAAGUUAACUGGCUCUAAUAAGACAGUGGCACUGCAGGCUAACAAAGGGUCAAACAAGCUUGUGUUAAUGUUUCUUUAUUGUUUGUCUUGUACUUGUAGCUCUAGAAUGUGUUACUAUGGAGUGUUUGAUGGACAUGCUGGCCCCAAAGCUGCUCAGUUUGCAGCUGAACACCUGCAUAAGAACAUUGUGCUCAAGUUUCCAAAAGGUUGAUGGUAAAUUGAUGGCAAACUUUAGUUUACUUAUCGACUUACUGUUAGUAAUUUUUGACUUCCUGUGAGUUUUAUGUUGACUUCCUCUCUGACACUUUUCUUUCCAUGUACAGGAGAAGCUGCUAACAAAGACAAAGAGAUAAAAAGAUGUGUAACAGAUGCAUAUAAAAAGACUGAUGAAGAGUUUCUGCUAGAAGCAUCGAAGGCGUAAGUCUCUAGUUAUCACUGGUAAUUGCAGUUGAUUUCUCAGUGAUGGGGAAGUCAACACUCAGUUUUGAUAAAAAAAAUUAAAGGGUGCAGUCUGUACAAAAACGUAGCUGCUCAUUCAGCCAGAGCUCAUUUCAGUUUCUGUGGUGUGAAACUAUUCAGAUUAUUGCUACUCCCCCCCCCAACUCCUGGAUGAGAUCCAUUAAACCCAGCAUUUUGUCUGACUUCUAGAACAGUCCACAAGUAUCCAUUUAUACUCCUGGGCCCAGUUGUUUGAAGAUGAAAUUUCUAGCUUGGGUUUCUAUAUUCCUUUGUUCAAAAUCCUUUUUGGGGUGAUUUUCUGUAAUAAUCAUAUUUCAGACAAAAAGAAUUCAACUGAAUUUUCUUUUAAAUCAUUCAGAUCUGAAAUCAGAUUUCACACUAACCCUGGGUUAUCUUGACACAGCUUUGUACAAUCCUACACUGGAUGAAGUAAGGCACUGUGAGUCAGGGUAAAAUAUGUUGCCCUAAUUUCUCCAUACUUAAAAAUGAUUAAUAAGGUUCACUUUUGCAUAGGUCACCAGUUUGGAAAGAUGGAUCAACUGCUGUCACUGCCCUUGUUAUGGAUGAUGUUUUGUAUGUCGCAAACCUUGGUGAUAGCAGGGUACUGUUGAAUUAUCACAUACAUUUACCUUUGAUUUAUUUUUAAAUAAAUGAUCAGCUGAAUUAUACCCGCAUUUUGAUUGGCUAUUAGUUUUUGUAUGUUUUAUUGGAGGAAAGAUGCAUGGUGAGAUAAAAAUAAAAAGUUAUGCUUAAUACAAUACUUUAUUUCAAAAUAACAAGUACUUUUUACAACAAGCCCUGUUAAUAAGAAAAAGGAAACCCAGAGGUUAACCCUAUAUUAAAGAUCUUCAAAAAAAGUAAAAAUAUAUUUAAAAAAAUGAAUAAAAAGUUUACAUCAUAAAAAAGCACAUUAAUGAAAAUAUAUAAGAAUCACAGAAAUGUCAUAGAAAAGUAUAGAAUGUUCAUUUAAUAAAUAUUCAUGUGUGAUUCUUCAAUCUUAGUUUAAACUUGUUGAUGUUUGGACUAUUAUGGCAAUUUAUUACGUUACAUGGAAGAUGGUUCCAAAACAAAUAGGUUCCAUGUUGCUGUGUGUCCGUACAGUUAUAGAUCACAGAGGACAUCAAAAUGUGGUAAGAGAAUCAGUGUGACCCACUCAGCUGCACCUCCUGUGCCACUUUUUUGUUCUUACCACAUUAUGACCUCAUCUGUGAUCUAUUACUGGACACAGACACAUGGCAACGUGGAAUCUAUUUGUUGAAUUUACCACUUUUUCUGAAGAAGUUUUUUAAGGUGGCUUUGAUGAAAGUGGUCAAUGCAUUAAACAAUUUCUGUCAGGAUUCUUAAAGUAAAUGACUAAUAACAGAGUAUGAAUGUUUGCUCGUGACCUACAGGCACUUCUUUGUCGUUGUGGUGAAAAUGGAGAGACAUCAGUGGUUUCUCUUUCCAAGGAUCAUUCUCCAUCUCAGGUAAGGGUUAUGUACAUGUACACGUACCUUUUGACUGAGCUUGGUCGGGUUUGACGGGAAAAUAUUUGGCUCGAGGUCCUGACGUACGGACCAAGCGCUACGCGGUUUGAUCUUCACGGCUGAGAGAAAAAUAUUUUCUUAUCCGACCAAACUCAGUCAAUAGGCAUUUUAUCAUGUGACCGCUUCGAAAAAUUUUGUGUCAACUUAAUAAAGACGCGAUGGACGGGCGCACGCGGGACAACCACUAAAAAGAUUUUACAAAAAAUGACUUUUCCAUUGUUUUUUUCGAGUCAGAACAAGAAAAUCACAAUUCAUCAAAAAACUUUUUUUUUUUUGCUAUUUUCGUUUUUCCUUGGAGUUUUUACAAAAAAGCCGUGUUCGUACAGGGCUGGACAGCUCUUUCUGGACCGGCUCUCGUCAACUCGUGCGGCCCUGCGCAUGUCAGCUUUCAGUAUGGUUUUCCAUGGGACUACGCGCACGGUGCCGCAUGGGUCAUUUGAUAAAUGUGCUGGAUGAUGACAUAACCACUUAUUUUUAUCACCUAAAAAAAACUUCAGUUGAUCACUUGGAUGUUAUUUCUUUGCAGUAUGAGGAAAGGAUGAGGAUUCAAAAGGCUGGAGGAACUGUCAGGUAGAAAGCAAAAAUUGGCCUCCUUACUAAAAAUGAUAAACGAUUUAAGGAAAAUAAAAAGAAUAGGAACAAAUCAGAGUUGGGUAUCUUCACUGAUGAUCCUGAAGGAAGAUAACUUCGGCAUAAGUUAUCGAAACCUUAGGCAGUGUUCACACUUGGUGCCCGGGCACCGUGCCUGGGUUCUAUUCUACGCCGGGCACCAAUGUGAACACACCUUUUUUCCUGGUACCCAAGCCAGAAUUCAAGGGCCAGUGCCGGUGCCCGAGUACAAGGUCUCGACCAUAGACUAAACUGGGCACUCUGUGAACACAUUUUCGUUGGUGCCCUGGCACUUUAUCGCAAACAAUAUCUUGUUUUGUACCCAAACCUUGUCCCACUCGAGAUUUCAAAAUGGCGUCCGACGGUGCAAAGUGAAGUUCAAUAGUGAGCGUGUGCUCUGUUUAUUGAAUGUGAACAUAUCUUCAGACUGGGUACCGUGUGUCUGAACACAGCACCAUUUUGUGCCGGUGCCCGGGUACUAGUGCCUGGGCACCAAGUGUGAACACUGCCUUAGUUAUUCUCACCGACGGCAGUUUUUUUUUCCCGAAGGGGUACUCCCACAUAGACAAUCUGCUAACGAGAUUGUAAAUAACUUCUUUGUCAAAUUGUCAAAAAAGAAGACGGAUCUUCUUUGUCAAAUUGUCAAAAAAGAAGACGGCCCGGCAACGGGAAGAAACCAGUAAAAACGAACUUUGUUUUUACCAGACUUUGUUCUAAUAUUUUUCAGAGAAGGUCGAGUUCUUGGCGUCUUAGAAGUGUCGCGUUCAAUCGGAGAUGGUAGAUUUAAGAGAUGUGGAGUCAGCUGUAUCCCGGACGUCAUGAGGUGCACUCUAACAGACAACGACAGGUAUGUUUCUGGUCAGAGCAGGGCCUGGAGACGAAUUUAUAAUUGCCCAGUGAUCCUCGCCUAAAUCAAAACCUUGGCGAGAGUUGUUACCCUAUGUUUAUUUCUCUGUGAAGUUUCAAGUUUACUGAAGCAGAUUUUGUGAUCAUUACAUUUUUACCCAUAGAUAUUUACUUCUAGCUUGCGAUGGUCUAUGGAAGGGAUUUUCAGUAGAUUCUGCCUUAAAGUUCAUUAACAACAUUUUGGAGGUAAGUUGUACUGUUAAGGUAGUCCUCGAGUUUCUUAAAUCACCGACUAAAGUUACUUUUAAUCGUUCAGAUAUAUGUGAUAUAGAAACAUGUGGAAAGUGCGAGGACCUCGCUGUUUUGCAUAAAUGAAAUCGUGACGAUUACCGCCAAAUUGUACCGCAUAUGCCCUUUUUUCACUUAUAAUCUUAGCUUAAAUGCUGCAUGAUUUCUCUGGUGUAAAGUUUAUCCGAGGCUGGCGCUUAUUGGAAAGUAAUACGGGAUUUCAUUGGUUCUGUUUUGCAGCGCUCAAUUGUUGGUAUAGAAAACUGGCGCCAUCUUUCCAAGCAAUCGGUUGCAAAACUGAAACCUCUCUCCUCACCCUCACUCUCGUUUUCCCACGCUUGCAGCUGAUAACGUGUGGCUUUUUUGUAAUUUAGCAGUUUGUUCUGAUUGGACUUUGGGGUGAUUUUUGGGUUUUUAUGACAUAAAAUUGAAAAAGUUCUCUCGCUAAAAUGAGCUCUUUGCUCACCUUUUUUAUUUCCACAGACAGAAAAUAGCGAAGAAACUUCCCAAAAGACCGAGAACAACACAGGUGUGUAAUUUAUCCGUUGCGUACCAUUCGUUUGCUUUUUAAUUUGGCAACACUGCCAAGCUCGUUCCCUAAUGUCUCUCAAGAGCGAAAACAAGAGAGAGCCUGGCUACAAGUAAGGCAUAGUGAAAGUUGUAAUGGCCCACCCUGAAACUUUUGCAGGACUGGAAGAUGUACAACUCGACCCAGUUUCCGCGCGCUUCCAGGACGCGUGUAACAAAAUCGCUAGUGAAGCCAUCAGGAAUGGAAGUUCUGAUAACGUCACUGUGAUGCUGGUAUCAAUUACAAAGCAGUAG